CAUUCUCCUUUUCACCACAUCAGAGUCUUGAAAAACAUAGAGAAUUACCAAAAGAUUAUAAUUUAGUUACAAUUUUGGUCUGCAGAAUGUUGAGCCCUUCAACUUUUCUAGCCAUUCUCAUCCUUGUAAUUUUUUCUACAACCAACACAUUUGCUGCACCAGUAAGAGCAGCAAAACCAGGAGCAGCAAAACAACCACAGACACCGCAGAGGCCACGAGCAUUUUUUGUGUUCGGUGAUUCUCUCGUCGACAAUGGAAAUAAUAAUUAUCUGUUAACGACUGCACGAGCUGAUUCACCGCCUUAUGGCGUUGAUACUCCUACUCACCUCCCCUCUGGCCGCUUCUCGAAUGGCCUUAACAUCCCUGACCUUAUCAGCCAAAAGCUUGGGGCACCGCCAACACUGCCAUACUUGAGCCCGCAGUUUAACGGAGAUAAUCUACUGAUCGGUGCAAACUUCGCCUCUGCUGGCGUCGGAAUCCUCAACGACACCGGAUUUCAGUUUGCGAACAUAAUAAAGAUCGGGCAACAAAUAUAUUAUUUCGAAGAGUACCAGAGGCGAAUCAUUAGCAUGAUUGGAAUAGAUGAGGCCAGGAGGCUCGUAAACAAUGCUCUGGUCUUGAUCACUCUCGGUGGUAACGAUUUUGUUAACAACUAUUUCUUGGCACCGAUCACUGCUAGAAGGCUUCAAUUCAAUCUUGAAGAUUAUACGACCUUUCUCAUUUCUGAAUACAAGAAAGUACUCCAGAGGCUGUAUGAUUUGGGGUCUAGGAGGGUUCUGGUGACUGGAACCGGACCGCUAGGAUGCGUUCCGGGGGAGUUGGCCUUUAGGAGCACAGAUGGGACAUGUGCUGCAGAGCCUCAGCUUGCUGCAAAUUUAUUCAAUCCGAAGCUUGUUGCGAUGAUUAAAGAACUCAACAAGGAAUUGAAUUCAGAUGCCUUUGUUGCUGUUAAUGCUCUGAAUCGGCAAAAUGAUUUCCUCAACAAUCCCCUUGCUUUUGGUUUCAAGGAAGCAAGGGUGGCGUGUUGCGGACAAGGGCCAUUCAAUGGAGUUGGACUCUGCACCAGAUUCUCAUUUCUGUGUCCGGACCGACAGAACUACGUGUUCUGGGACGCCUACCAUCCAACAGAACACGCGAACAAGAUGAUUGUCGAGACCAUUUACAAUGGAACUACAGAACAUAUGGAUCCGAUGAAUCUCCAGACCAUCAUGAACAUGGGCUUAUUAUACUGAAACAUCUGCAUUGUUCAACUUUAAUUUCGUUAUCUGUUCAUUUGUUAUGUGCUCUUUCGCAAACCUCAGUUGCGAAUGUGAUGGUAGCAUUCAUAAGCUAAAUAAGUUUAAGUUUAUUAUGUUCUAGCUAGAUAUAUACUGAUUGCUGGAGAAUCAUACAUUUUAAAAUUUGUAUUUGGUUAAUUCUUCUAUAUAGGACAAGGAGUCUUUUGUUUUUAAUAUUUGAUAUGUUCUUCAUCGUU